AUGGCCGCCUGCUACCUGAAACUCGAAGAUUGGAAAGCCGCCGUGGAUGCCGCUACCGCUUCUCUGGACCGGUUGGACAAGAUGCUUCCGUCGGAGCCGAAGGAGCCUACGACGAAUAAGGCGGACACGGAGACCACCGACGCCGUGGUGGAGAUAACAGGCGACGACGAGGCAACGGAACAAGAGGAACUGACGCGGCUGAAGAAGGAGGACGAGAGGAAGGCGGACAUCCUGCGCAUCCGGGCUAAGGCGCUCAUGCGUCGCGCGCGGGCGAAGUCGCUGCUCGGCGGGUGGGGGAAUCUGCAAGGCGCGGAGGAGGACUACAAGGUUCUUGCGGCGAUGGAGAAUCUGCCGGCUGAUGAGAGACGGAUCGUGCAGAAGGCGCUUCGGGAACUUCCCGCGCGCAUCGGCCAGGCGCGGGAGAAGGAGAUGGGGGAGAUGAUGGGCAAAUUGAAAGAUCUGGGGAAUGGCAUUCUGAAACCGUUCGGACUGUCUACGGACAAUUUCAAGUUCACGCAGGACCCGAAGACCGGUGGAUAUAGCAUGAAUUUCCAGUCUUAA